AUGCAAUCCGAUUCUAAUGAAGAUUCUGAUCUUUGGAUGGAUUUGGACCAAGUGUUUCUAAAUUCCAAUCCAGCGGUGCCUGAGAGAAAAUCCAGUUUUGAAGCAGUAAAAACUGAAUCUUCUCCUGCUACAGAUUUCUUUACGCACGAAGAGGCCGAUUUUUCUGCCAAUGAUCUCAACUUAAUUGCUUUGGGAUCUCACUUGAGACCAUCUGGAAACAAUGACAAAGACGCAAGCUUCUUCCAAGAAGCACAUUCCUCAAAAAGUAUUGAGGAGCACCACUUGGCACUCCCAACGAGAGAAGCCGCAUUAUGUCUUGAAGAUAAAUUUAGUUUUGGGGAAGCUGGUGUGAACUUUCCCGACCAAGACGGUUUUUUGGGUGUUUUGGAAACAGAUGCUGGCUUCCAUUUCCCCGAUCAAGAAGUAAGCUUGAGUUUCUCUACUGACGAAGAGUCCAGUAUUUUCUCCAACAAAAGAAACUCGACCGACUUGGAAACUUUGGUUCCGAACAUGGACGACUCUCCAAUGAGAAAUACACCCGUGGAAAAAAAGAAGAAAGUAUGCCUGACUACGGAAGCUCUGAAUUACAAUGCUGAUUACAUCCCUACAGACUCUGUUCCACGUACCUUGGAGGUUGAAGUGUUUUUGGCCGAGCCGGUUCUUUCUUUGGGAAAUAUAUCAGGCCAGCAUGGACAAGUUCCUACAUCGGUGGAUCCAAGAGACUUUUUUUCUUCUGCUUAUGAAUAUGUUCCAACAGAGCUGGACUUCAGUCAGUCUCUGAGCUUUUUGGAUCUGAACUUCAGUUGGGCCAUGCCCGCUGAAAAUAAAAGUGACAGUCUGAACUACACCUACAAUGCCAGUGAACAGAGUUCACAAAUACCGAAAAAGCGACAGUGUCCUACGCCUCCCCAAGAGACGGCCAAAGCAAAAGCCAGCGGAACCAAAAAGCCCAGAAAGAACACCGUCCCCAAGAGAAUCUUCGACUACAGUCAAGUGAAGAUCUUCUCACAGAUGGAAAGAGCACCCCAACUCCAGAACAAUGCCCGACUUCCCGACCCGGGAACAACCAAUCAUCAGAUGCAGCUUGUGAUCUUGCAGAACCAGAGUAGUUGUGUCAUCAACCGGACCAGGUACGUGAGGAGCAAUCUCGACCCACUUCGAUAUUUGCACCCAAACGUGAUUUACGAAAAGAACGAACUUUUCGAAGCCAACAACCCGUACCAGCAAGAGUUCACCAGAGUGGAAAUUGACCCAGAAUCAGGUUUGCCCAUCAAUGAAACCAGAAGUGGGCUCUGUCCGUAUUGUGAGGAUCUUAGCUUUUACGAGUUGAAGAACUCCAGCUACGCCCAACACUUGAGCCACUCUCAUGGAGUUUUCACCGACAACUUUUUGACUCCCAACCCGUUGCAUAUUGGCCACUAUGCCGUUGCAAAGAGCACGAAUUCGCCUCGAAAGACUACGGCCCGAGUUCGGUCGCACGAAGGCGUUGUUUGUCCAGCCUGUUACAAGGUGGUGGAGAUCCGAUGCUGGUCGUCGACUCUGGUGAAAAAGCCGCUUUCGAACUACUUGCGCCACUUCAAGGAGGAGCACCGGGUGGGGAAGAAUAGAAGCACGUAUUUCCGGGCACAUGUCUAA